AAGUAAUACCUCAGUAUCGGCUAACCUGUCAAAUCGUGAACAAACUUUGGAGUGAUCACCAUGUACAGCUCACAAAGAUAUUUUCAAUACUUCGCUGUAUUCUUUCUAUUCUCCCUGUGUUCAAUUAGACAAGUAUCAUCCAGAAAAUGUUACGCAUGCAUCUCUGACAUUAACACUGAUUGUAUUACUGGUAAUUUAUCUACGACAUCUACAUAUGAAUGUAAUAAAGAUAAACAGUCAAACAGCCUAUUUUAUGGAAAUAUCAAUUCACUUGAUCAAACGAAUAAAACUACAAUAGAAUAUGACUGUGCUUACCUCAGAGGCGUUGCUUUGUCAGAUGGACAUGUUGUGGUUAUUAGAGGAUGUGUACCAAAGUAUAUAACAUGUGAUACCACAAAAAUGCUUGCUAUACAAGGGAAUGCUCAGCAAAUAGACACUUGCACACGUUGCGACGCCGAUCUGUGUAAUUCUUCCGGUCAUUUGAAGGCUGGAUUACCAAUCCUUUUACUGUUAGUACUGAUGAGAUACCUGAUCAAAUUUUAAACUCUUGAUGUUUUCACAUUAAAUGACGUUCAUUUUAAUAAAAAAAUUUGUUGUA